AUGUCCGGCUCCACAAAUAACGAGGUCUCCAUGCAAUCACCAAUAAAGGUCCCUACAGAGCCCAAGGCCAGCCACAAACGAAAUCUGAGCAAUGGGACAACGGGCGGCUCUCCAAUUCGAAGAUCCAAACGGCAAAGAUCAAAUAUCAAUUUAAAGGAAGCUUCAUCAUCAGAAGAGCCAGAAGAAGUGGUCGACAAGGACUUCGAGCCCAAAGAGGAGACGCCUGCUAAGUCCACGCCAAAGAGUGCUCGGGCCAAGAGAAUCCGACCCAUUUCUGUUAAGAAGGUGGCCCUUGAGGAUACAGAAACAGUUUCCGUCGUCGAGAAAGACGAGGCCGAACUUGCUAUCAAGACAGAAGAGGACGUCCAUGUGAAGGCUGAAAGCAAGGCCGCCGCCCCGCAGAAGAAAGCCGCUCCUGCCAAGCGGACCAGGAAGACUAAAGAAGAGAAGGAAGCCGAAGCCAUGCCGCUGGCUCCGCGAACUACGGGAUUGAAAAUGUUUGUCGGCGCUCAUGUAAGUGCCGCAAAGGGUGUUUUCAAUUCCAUAAACAACAGCGAGCACAUCGGUGGAAACGCGAUUGCUCUAUUCCUCAAGUCUCAGAGAAAAUGGGACAACCCACCUCUACAAGAUGAUGUUCGAGAUCAAUUCCGCAAGCUAUGCAUCGAAAAGAACUACGAUGCAUCCAAACACAUCCUUCCUCACGGCUCAUACCUUGUCAAUUUAGCCCAGAAUGACAAAGCUAAGUCAGAUCAAGCUUACAAUUCCUUCCUGGAGGAUCUUCGCCGCUGCGAGGCUCUCGGCAUAACCCUCUACAACUUUCACCCAGGAAGUACCAAUCAAAGUCCCCUCCCGGAAGCCCUUGGCCGGCUCGCCUCAACCCUCACAAAAGCUUUAACAGAGACCACAACCGUAGUUCCAGUCCUUGAAACGAUGUGCGGCCACGGUAACACAAUCGGCGGCCAACUCUCUGAAUUUCGCGAUCUAUUUGCCCUAAUCCCAAAAGAACACCACUCCCGCAUCGGGAUCUGCAUAGAUACAUGCCACAGUUUCGCCGCGGGCUAUGACCUCGCUACGCCGGAGGGAUUCAAAGCUUUCAUGACUGAAUUCGACGAGCUCAUCGGGAUUAAGUACCUCCGCGCUCUACAUCUAAAUGACUCUAAGGCUCCGCGAGGAAGUAAGCGUGAUUUACAUGCCAAUAUCGGGACUGGAUUCCUCGGGCUGCGGGCGUUUCAUAAUGUGAUGAAUGAGCCGCGGUUCGAGGGGUUGCCGAUGGUCCUGGAGACGCCGAUCGAUCGCGAAGCUGAGGCCGAGAGUGAGGGCGAGGGAAAGAAGAAAAAGGGACCGAAGAGGCCGGCAGGCGCUGCGCCGCCUGCUGUUCCUGAUCCAGGUGUUUGGGCUAGGGAAAUCAAGUUACUUGAGUCACUUAUUGGGAUGGAUCCUGAAGGGCAGGAGUUCAAGGCUCUUGAAAAGAAGCUUGCGGAGGAAGGGCGCGAGAUGCGCGAGAAGGGAAUGGAACAGUUUGAGCGGAAGAUGGAGGCGGAGAAGAAGAAGGGGGCUAAAGGGAAGGGAAAGCAGAAGAGUCUUGUUGAAAUGAUUAAGGUUGAUAAAGAUGAGGAAGGGUGUUGUUGA